CCAGUUCGUAAAAAAAGAGGAUUUAGAGAAUAAAAAGAGCGAUAAUUGCGAUCUUCCGCGAAGGAAAGGAUUUUAGGUUUUUGUGCGCGCCAAACCAACGCCUAUCGAGAGAGAGAGAGAGAGAGGCCGUCCGUGAAUCAGAGCCCCGGUUUUGUCUCUUCCGUGUGUGGAGUGUACUGUUCGUUUUGGGUGGAAAAGAAAAACAAAAAAAAAACCAACAAUCCCGUGCCCCUAUCGCAGCUAGCCUGAUCGUGUAUUCCGACGCAUAAGCCAGCCAGCCAGCCAGCCGGACCCAGUCAAAGUAAAAGUAAAGCGUGCUGCGGUAGGCCCGGACGAUAGUGAAAGUGCGUUCGCGCGGAGUGCGUUCGUUACCGAUCGGUGCGCGGGUGGAAAAGAGUGAUUAAGCAGCAGCCAUGGCGGAAGCGUAUGACGAUGUGCCGAUGAUGCAUCAUCACGCCAGCAGCGGAAGUGGUCGCCGUGAUGCGGAAAGUAUGGAAUCGAACACUACUGGACGCAGCGGGACCGGUUCGCUGAGCAGCGAAGAGGAGGACGACACCGGCGGUACGACGUACGCGGAGAACAGUCCCUGGGUGUUUCUGCCGGAGCCGUUGUUUAUCAAUAUCUUUCUCAACCUGACACCCCGUGACGUGCUGAAUGCGGGCCAGUGCUGCAAACGGUGGUACAAGCUCUCCAAGGAUGACUACAUCUGGCGCAGAUACUUCAGGCGCGAGUUUAACGUCGAUGCGUCGAUUCCACUCAAGCGAGGUGCGGAUAGCUGGCGCUCCGAGUACAGACGGUUGACCAACAACGUACCGAUGGUGCUGACCGAUGUGCUCACCUCCCACUCGCACCAAGUGCUGCACGUGAGCUUCUCGCAUAAUGGCAAAAUGUUUGCCACCUGCUCGAAGGAUGGUUUCGUGAUUCUGUGGAAUGCUGCGUACCCAUCGAGCAUACGGUCGUCGUACGACAUGCGGAAGUUGAACUGGAAGUAUACGCAGUUCUCGCAAUUCAACCAGAGCGACUCGUCGUUGCUCGUCUCGGGCGUCCACUACGGGACGCCGCACAGCACAUCGGGGGAAAUAGCCGUAUUCACGGUCCAGAAUGGUUUUCGAUUGAAGUGCCGCGUAACGAACCGACCGUAUGACAUCUUCGGCACAUGGUUCAGCGAUCAGCAUCUGCUGUCGGGCGAUUUGAGCUGGUUGGCGCAUCUGGUGAGUACCUCGAAGCUGUGGCUGAACAAGGCAAACCAGGAGGUCGAUUCGGAGCACACGCCGGUUCGGAGCCAGGUGUACAAGUUCUACAACCGCAAUGCCAGUUCGAUACGCGCCAUUAUGGUCGCCAACUGUCCCUGGCUGGCCGAUGAGGAGGAGAAGAAGCGGAAAGCAGGGAACGAAGGUGGUGUUGCUGAUGGGGAGGCUACUGCACAGUCGGGCGCAUCGGUUAGUGGCACGAGCGGUGCCAGUAGCGCCGCUAACCGGCGUGCCGGUAAUCCCCUAUCGCACUAUCAGAUGAAACAAGAGCAGGACUCGGAAGAGGAAGAGGAUGAGGACGAGAACGACGUAGGAACAAAUGAUGGUAACCAGCAGCAAGAUCCGCUGUUCAUGCACGGGCAGGGAGCGGGAGCGGGACCGGGACCGGAUGCGGUCUGUGAACCGCUGGACUACGCCAGCCCUAUUCAGUAUCUGGAAGAGUUCCGGCAGGAGUACGAAGACUCCUACUACGAAUCAUCGGACGAUUGCCUGGAGGACGACGAUGAAGACGAUGGCGACGCGAUGGGUGGUGCGGGCGACCGGCCGGACAGUCUGUCCGAGUGUGAGGAUGAGGAACUGACGAACCCCUGUCCGAAGUAUCUGAUCUUUUCGACCGGCUCCAAAACCUAUACCCCGCACCAGAUCGGUUUCAAGCGUAUCGUGGACGUGAACUUUCCCCGCCGGCUCGAACCAGGUCCAUCGCUCCGGGAGCGGGUCGCACUGCGCGAACAGCAGCGUGAGAUGCAGGUAAUUAUGGGCGAGCUGUCACGCGAAGAAAUGCGCCUGCAGUAUAUCUUACAGAACGAAUCGCCGCCGGUCGAGCCGAACUGGGCAAACUAUGAGGCGGUAGCGGAUCGGUUCGAUCGUGUCGACAAGCUGAUCGAUCUGCACGGGCACAUCAUCGGUAUGGGGCUUAGCCCGGACCAUCGUUACCUGUACGUGAACAGCCGACCGUGGCCCCGCAACUGCGUCAUCCGCAAUCCACUCGAGCCGCCCGCGAUCGCCCAGGAGAUUGACAUACACGUGAUCGAUCUGAUGACGCUGAAGAAGGUCGGCAAGAUGCUGCGUGCGCAUAAGGCCUACACGCCCAACACGGAAUGUUUCUUUAUCUUCUUGGAUGUCUGUGAUAGUUACGUGGCAAGUGGCGCCGAGGAUAUGCAUGCGUAUCUAUGGGAGCGCUACUAUGGCGUGUGCCUGGCCAAGUACCAGCACGAAGAUGUGGUGAACAGUGUUGCCUUCAAUCCGCGUGAUAACGAGAUGCUCGUCACCACCAGUGAUGAUUACGAAAUUAAGGUUUGGCGAUCGUUGGCAAAGGCGAAAAAGUUGGGCAUCGUACCGGUUGGACGGGCGGUUGAGUUUCGCAAACAGAAAAGCAAUCGCCCACCACCGCAGCCCCAGUAUGCUGGGCGGUCAUUCGUGUAGGGGUCACAUAGCGAGAAUCAUCGAUCACGAUCUAGUCGGAUGAUAUGGGAGCAGCACCCGAUGUACCGUUCUUGAAAUUUGAUGUUUUUUUGUUUUCGUAUCUUUUUCUCUUUCCCUGAUUCCCUCUAUAUGCAACCAAACUCCUUGCACACGUUAAACGAACAUAAAUAUUACACACUUUCCUUAAAAAUCAACAUUGUUGGGACCACGGACGGAAACCGGAAAGAGUGGCCACCGUGUUGUUGUGCAUAUCCAUACAUAUUGUAAAUGCAUAUGAGUUGCAGCUAUAUGCACUGUUUAGAUAUUUUAUCAAUCAUUAGUUUUGCGAGUAACUUGUUAAAGGGGGGCAACCGUGCGUGGCAUUAGGAUUACCUUAAAAUUUCUUGUGUAAUGUUAUUGGAUUGUUUUCCUCGUUUUUUAAUCUCAAUUUUACCACAAGUAUGUGCAUAUCCACGCGAAGCGUACAGAACUAGAGAUACGUUUAUUAUGUUACAUGUAAGAACCAGUGUUGCGAUACCAUCUGUACGAUGGUAUUAGUUGGUGGGAGUGAAGACGAGAGAAGAAAAGGAAUGCAAGGGUGGACGAGUUUGCUGUGCCAAUCGGAACGUUCAAUUACUAUCGUAGAAAUACACGAAUUUGAGCGAACUAAACA